AUGGAUUCCAGCUCGGUUAAGCAGGCUGUCAUGAAGCAGGUCCAGACAGAGGCCAACGUUGCCAACGCCCGCGUCCUGAUUGAGAACCUCCAGGAGAUUUGCUUCGAAAAGUGUGUCCCCAAGCCUGGCGGAAGCUUGUCUAGCAGCGAACAGUCCUGCGCCACGACCUGCAUGGAGAAGUACAUGGCCGCCUGGAACCAAGUAAACGCUUCAUACAUCAACAGAAUCAAGCAGGAGCAGCUGAAGAAUUAG